UCACUGCGCGCUCACGCAGCAUUGGUUUUGUCCCGGGUUCAGCAUGGGACCGCAAACGCGGUUAAUAACCCGGUGUAAUCCCGCGCUGGAGGCGUCCGAAUCCCGGAACGCGGAGGUCGAGAGCGGCCGACGCACCCUUAUCCGACGCGCAGUUCGUGACCGCCCCGCCCGCCAGGCCUCCUGUCUACCCGGCAUUUCGCUCCGCAGAGGCGCGGACCGCCGCCUGCCGGGCCUUAGUGCUAACGGUCAGGGCUGCAUUGUUAUUUUUCCUUCACCUAAGAGUUUUUUGAUGUCGUCUGGUCUGAAGAAUCGCCAGCAGCUCUGAUGAUAGCUUAAGAAGACUGCAUGCUGUUCCCUCUCAAUGCCAAGCCAGGCCCACUGGAAACCUCGGAUCUCAGUCCUUCAUGGAGACCAGGGCCCAGCAGGAAUGGCAAUGGAGGAAAUUGGCACCCAGAUGGUCCCUCCACGUGAGAUUGUCUCAGGCUAUGGGCUGACUGGAGAACACCUGGUAGCCAGGCUAGCCCUCUGUCAGUCACCCAGGGCAGAGCAGCAUGGUGCGGGUUCAGAGGAGGAAGCUUUGGGCAUCUUGUCUGUGCAUCACAGCUACCAUCUUUCUGCUUGUCACACUCCAGGUAGUGGUGGAGCUGGGAAAAUUGGAAAGGAAGAAGUUUAAAAAUUCCAAUUUACGAGAUGGACAUGCAAAAAUGGAGGAAGAGCCUACACAUCUCUAUCCAUUCCCUAAGAAAGAAGCACUGACCCUGAAUAGGAAAACAAAAUUGGACACUGAUAAGUACCCCGUUAUGCUCUGGUGGUCCCCAUUGACUGGGGAAAGUGGAAGGCUGGGCCAGUGUGGAGCAGACGCCUGUUUCUUCACCAUCAACCGGACCUACCUACGUCAUCACAUGACGAAAGCCUUCCUCUUCUAUGGUACUGACUUCAACAUAGAUAGCUUACCUCUGCCUCGGAAAGCCCAUCACGACUGGGCCCUUUUUCACGAAGAAUCUCCAAAAAACAAUUAUAAGCUCUUUCACAAGCCAGUCAUCACCUUGUUCAACUACACUGCUACAUUCAGCCGGCAUUCCCACCUGCCACUAACCACUCAGUACUUGGAGGGCAUAGAAGUCCUGAAGUCACACCGAUACCUGGUCCCCUUGCAGUCCAAAAACAGCCUUCGAAAAAGACUUGCUCCACUGGUGUAUGUGCAGUCAGACUGUGACCCACCGUCAGAUAGGGACAGCUAUGUUCAAGAGCUGAUGACUUACAUUGAGGUCGAUUCCUACGGCGAGUGUUUACGGAACAAAGAUCUCCCUCAGCAGCUGAAAAAUCCAGCCUCCAUGGAUGCCGAUGGCUUCUAUAGGAUCAUUGCACAGUAUAAAUUUAUCCUUGCUUUUGAGAAUGCGGUUUGCGAUGACUACAUCACUGAGAAGUUCUGGAGACCUCUGAAACUGGGGGUGAUCCCUGUGUACUAUGGGUCCCCCAGCAUCACAGACUGGCUCCCCAGUAACAGAAGUGCCAUUCUCGUCUCAGAAUUUUCUCACCCUAGAGAACUGGCCAGUUACAUCAGACAGCUGGAUUAUGAUGACAGACGGUACGAGGCCUACAUAGAAUGGAAGCUGAAGGGUGAGAUCUCCAACCAGCGACUCCUCACAGCUCUCAGGGAACGGAAGUGGGGAGUGCAGGACAUUAACCAAGACAACUACAUCGAUGCAUUUGAGUGCAUGGUGUGCAACAAGGUGUGGGAUAACAUCAGGCUUCAGGCAAAGGGCUUACCACCCAAAAGAUGGAAGGCAGAAGUUACUCACCUGAGUUGCCCGGAGCCUACAGUGUUUGCUUUCUCACCUCUGGCUCCACGUUGGAGGUCUCUGCGAGAGAUGUGGAUACCCAGCUUCGAACAGUCCAAGAAAGAAGCCCAGGCACUAAGGUGGCUGGUUGAUAGGAAUCAAAACUUUUCAGCUCAAGAAUUUUGGGCCCUAGUAUUUAAGGACUAAUUUCAAAAAGUUUCAGAAUGCUAUAGACGAGAGACUUUUGGAGGUUUAUUUUCUAGGUUGCCUUAAUAUUUGAAUAGCAUAGCUACUCUGUUGACUAUCCUUUAGGAUAAGAAUUGCUGCAGUACUCAUAAUGAGCCUUACGAAAAAAUAGAUAUGAAUUACCCUUAGGGGGUCACCUCUAUAUUUUUUACACACAAAAAGUAAAUACAGUAGUUUCCCCUUACAUGCGGUUUUGCUUUCCAGGGUUGAAGUUACAGUCAACAGCAGUGCGAAAAUAUUAAAUGGGAAAUCCAGAAAUAAACAAUUCAUAAGUUUUAAAUUGCCUGUCGUUCUGAGUAGUGUGAUGAAAUCUCGCGAGUCCUGCUCCGUCCCAUCCAGGACGUGACUCAUCCCUUUACCCAGCGUCUCCACGCUGUGAACGCUCCCCGCUCGUUAGUCACGCUGUAGCCGCCUGGGUUAUGGGAUCGGCUGCCCUUGUGUCACUGUGUUUGUGCUCAAGUUCACUGUUAUUUUACUUACUCAUGGCUCCAAAGUGCAAGAGUAGUGAUGCCGCCAAUUGGGACGUGCCGAGAGAAGUCGUGAAGUGCUUCCGUUAAGUGAAAAGGUGAAAGUCCUCAACAUUUUAUCAUCUCACAUCACAAGAAGGGUGAGUAGAGUACAAUAAGGUAUUUUGAGAGAGAGACCACAUUCACAUACCUAUUAUUGCAGUAUAUUGUUAUAAUUGUCAUGUUUUGUUGUCAGUUAUUGUUGUUAAUCUUACAAUAAUUACAGUGCCUAAUUUACAGAUUAAACUUGAUCAUAAGUCUGUAUGUAUAGGAAAAAGCAUAGCAUAUAUAGGGUUUGGUACUCUCCGUGGUUUCAGGCGUUCACUGGCGGUCUUGGAACGUGUCCUCCGUGGAUAAGGGGGGAAUACUGUAUUUCUCAUGGACACUGGUCACAUUCAGUUCACAUGUCUGCACCCAUGCACUUGCUGCCUCUUGUGGAAGCUCACCUAAUGUAGAGUUCUUUCCUCGCUGCAAGGGAGGCGGAGGGUGUAGCUGUGGAUUCUUGAUACUCACCUCACUAUGUGCAGUUUAUUGGUAUUUGGCAAACCAGUGUCCUGAUGCUGAGCAUGAACAUGACAUGUAUUAGAACUCAGCAAUGAGAGAGUUCAUCUGUUGUUGGUUUCCAGGGAUGUAAAUUAGUAAUAAAAGCUGUGUGAAGUUUAUCUGCUGUCCACCCUUUAAGUCAAAAGCACACAGGCAUGACUCUACCUUCUCCACUCUCUCAGCCACCUCUCUAACCUUUCUUAUUUUUAUUUUGCUAUGUAUCCUCCUUCAGUCCCCCUGCCACCCCAAAGUGGAAUGUCUUGUGAAGACGUGCCUCCUCCUUGUGUGUUUUGAUCAGUGAGAUAAUCCCAUUGUCCCUUGUAUUGCUGAGCAGAAUAAUAAUCAUAUGAUUGGGUCUGGACAGCGUGUACAUUGUGAUCAACGUGAGAGUGGAAGUGAAUGCCCCAAGGAACUCCACUUGCGUUGAAGCUGAUUUGUCUUUUGUUAGGAUGAUGUACAGCCUGAAGUGGUGGGCAGCCCCACAGGUUGUGAGCAUUUCCUGUCAUUUCUGAUUCUGUCACAGACAAGGUUUAGCUGUUUUGUCUGGAGCAUCUGCUGGAGCUCCACAAAAGACAAGGAGAAAACACUGGCUCACAUUUUCUUUCCUUUUGAGGGUAGAGAGGCUUCUGGAUGAUACUAGAGCCUGGUGCCACCGGAUAGGUCAUGGCUUUGGCAUUCUUUACCAUGGAGAGGUGUAAGCUGCAGAGGAGAGGAAGGGUCCCUGAUCAUCAUGUCCCUGAUGUGGCAUAAGGGGGAAACGUACGUGAGCUCCUGCAGCACCAGCUUCCAUGUAUCCCAUGCUUUCUGUGCCUGUCAGGGACAAUCUCUUUCUUAAGGAGCUCUGUGUGGCUGGGCCAGAGGAAUGAGGACUGCAACCAGUACAUUCAUUUUGAAGCAAGAAGGGCCAUAUUGUUUUUGCUCUAUGACUGAGUUCUUUCUCAAUGCCAGCUCUGCCAUUAACUAUGAUUUUAUACAAAUCUCUUAACCUGCCUGGCCUUAGUUUUUGUACCUAACAAGAAGUGAUGAGGCUGGUCUUUAGAGUUCUUCUCUGUGUAACAUUCUUUAAUUGUUUAUCAUAAUUUACAAAGUUUAAUUUUGUAGGUGUUUUUAUUAAGACAGUAACAAACGAUUCCAGAGCCACUGUAUGUUUUUCAAGGGAAGCACACUCUUCUUUGGAGGAAGAAGUAUAUUUAUUGGGUACUA